CUUGCGCAAGGACACCGACUCGAGCUCACGGCUCACCAAGUCAUACAGCAUAACUCGUAAUUAUAAGGUUAAACAAACACAACCCAGCGCACGAUAGCAUCUCUGCUCUCUCUGUCUUCCCCCUUUUUCUCUCUUAAACCCUCCUAAAACCCUUGUCUCUCUCCUCUUUCUCGCUCCUUCUCGUGAAAUCGCGUUAUGUCGAGUACGCUUACUUUGAUUCAAAGCAAUGCCUCCAAUCCCAAGGUUUGGGUCGUGAUCGGCGUCACGGUAGCCGGGAUCGUGAUCCUGGCGGAGACUCGGAAGCGGCGCAUCAAAGCCCUUAGAGAAGAAGACUUUGCUGCUUUCUUAGAUCGUUUCGAGCUUCUUCCUUUCCCUCCGCCGCCUCCUCCUGCAGCUAAACAAUCCCUCUCUGGUCUUACCUUCUCCAUUUCUGACGCGUUCGAUGUUAAGGAUUAUAUCACAGGUUUUGGUAGUCCACAAUGGAAGAAGACUCACGAGGCUGCUGAGAAAACUGCUGUGGUUGUCACAACGCUCUUGCAAAAUGGAGCUACUUGUGUUGGCAAGACUAUCAUGGAUGAGCUGGGUUUUGGGAUUAUUGGAGAAAACAAGCACUAUGGCACUCCUAUUAAUCCGUUGAUGCCAUCUAAUGUUCCUGGAGGAUGUUCCAGUGGCUCAGCAGUUUCUGUUGGGGCUGAACUCGUUGACUUUUCACUUGGGGUUGAUACCACUGGCGGUGUUAGAAUCCCAGCAUCUUUCUGUGGCAUUCUCGGUUUUCGACCAUCUCAGGGGACUGUAUCUUCAGUUGGAGUUUUGCCCAAUUCUCAGAGCCUAGAGACUGUUGGAUGGUUUGCUCGUGACCCAUCGGUUUUGUGUCAAGUUGGCCAUGCCUUACUAACUCUGAGUGCUGUAGCACAUAGAAGGCAAAGAUCGUUCAUCUUUGCUGAUGAUUUAUUUGAGCUCUCUGACAUUCCCAAGCAAAGGUCGGUGCAUGUUGUCAGAAAGGCAAUCGAAAAUCUAUCUGACUACCAGACUCCAAAACAUGUAAACAUUGGACAAUAUAUCACUUCAAAUGCACCAAGUCUUGCGGCAUUCUGUGAACAAUUUGGAAAAUCCCAAAAUUCAGCAUCAACUUUGAGGGCUCUUUCAUAUGUGAUGUUGGCAAUACAAAGGCAUGAAUUCAAAACUAAUCAUGAAGAAUGGUCGCAAACAUGCAAAUCGUUUCUAGGGCCAAGAUUUUCCAAUGAUGUUGUUACAGCUCUAAAGAGCAAAACCGAUAGUAUUAAAUCACUUUACAGAGUGAAAACUGAGAUGCGGGCCUGCAUUCAGAGCCUUCUCAAGGAAGAUGGAAUUCUGGUUAUACCCACAGUUGCUGAUCCCCCUCCAAAGCUUAACACUAAGAACAAGAACUUUUUGAAGGAGUUUCUUGAGAGAACUUAUGCACUCUCCAGCAUUGCUAGCAUGUCUGGAUGUUGUCAGGUUACAAUUCCUUUAGGGAACCACGGUGAUCGUCCAAUAUCCGUGUCGUUUCUUACGUACUAUGGAGGUGAUAAGUUUCUUCUCGAUACAAUUCUCGAUGUAUAUGCAUCCCUUCAAGACCAUGCUGAAAUUGCAUCCCACUUGGCUCCAGUCUCUGAUACCAAUGGUAAUAUGGAGGCUUCUGAACUUAUGAAGGAAAAGGGGAAUGCUGCAUACAAGGGGAGACAAUGGAAUAAGGCAGUAAACUUUUAUACUGAAGCUAUAAAAUUGAACGGAGCAAAUGCCACUUAUUUUUGCAAUAGAGCUGCAGCUUUCUUAGAACUUGGCAGCUUCCAACAAGCUGAAGAAGAUUGUACCGAGGCUGUAUCGAUCGAUAAGAAGAAUGUGAAGGCAUAUCUGAGACGAGGGACUGCUAGAGAAUCACUUGUACGAUACAAGGAAGCUGCUGCAGAUUUCAGGCACGCAUUGGUCCUUGAACCACAGAACAAGACGGCAAAGCUUGCUGAGAAGCGUCUCCGCAAACUCAUGAGUUAAAAAACCCUAGAAGAGGAAGGGCUUAUUUAUUAUUUUUCACCAAGCUACCUUUUACCUAUCUAAACCCUUAAAAAAAAAAAAAAAAAAAAAGUUCGGUUCAUGAUUGAAUCCACAGCAGAUUAUGAUAUUUUGUGGUUGUUUUGCUACAUCUUUGUACAGACUGGGAUGUAACCUUUUGACCUCUUAAUUACUUUGAUCUGAUCCUUAUGGGUCUUUUUAGCU